UUGGUGCUAUUAAAAUGCUUAGGACGAAAAAAGAAACUUUUGAUGAUAUAGGUUUAAUGAAUAUAUCAGAUAGUCAACGACAAAUAAAAAUCCGUCACGAGCAGACAUUGCAAGCAGAAGUUCUUGAAAAUGACACAAUUCAUUCGAUCGCCAUUCGAAACAAUUGCUCAGUUAGUGAUAUAAAGAAAUUAAAUAAGAUACAUCAAGACAAUGAAAUUCAUGCGUUUAAGACAAUUAAAGUUCCACUUAGUCCACACAAUAUAUUAGUUGAUACUCUGCCGAGAAUCCAUAAAAGUGGACAUAAUAGUCCUAAAGCUGUUUCAUCGUCAAAGAACUUUUUGCCUAGCAAAGAAAUACUUGAAGAAAAGUUACUUUUGGCUUCAAUUAGCAAUGUAGUACUAAGAAAUAUUGAUUGUAGUGAUAAACUUGAUGUUUUAGAUGAUGCUAAUAAUUUAGAAAAUGAAAUGCCUAAUGAACCGUUGUUAAAGGACAAACGAUUUCGGGGAUAUCCAAAAUCAAUAAGGUUGCCAAAAAACGAAUUCUUAACAUUUAAUGGAAGUGACUGCGAGCUUAGUUGGGUGUUUUUGCUUAUUGUUAUUUUAGCGUUUUGUGUAAUCAUUCCUCUAAUCUACGUUUAUGCGGUUUAUGAACACCCAGAACAUUUUAAUCAUUCUCACUCCAAGUAUGACGAUCCCGAAUUACACUUUCGUUCGCAUAUUGACCUCAACAAAAGUGCCACACAUCCUUAGUUGUUCAUCAUUCAUAUUGCAUUCAUGCUAAUUUUAAAAUUAUUUGAAAAUAAAACGUAUUUUUGUUUUAAAGAAAAAUCAGCUGUUUUAGGUAUUAUUUUUA